AUGUCGCUAACCGGCAGCUAUCGCAACCGCUUCGCCCGGGUCUCUUUGUGCGAGUUAACUUCUUACCUUCAUGACGGGACAUCCUAUGGGCUUACUCUAGCUUGAACCACGCAAUUAAUAUCGUAUGAGAAGAGAAGCCGGGCCUGGCUGUCCCUGGCCUCCUCCCGUAUCAAGGGGUCCGGUCUGGCACCGUGUGUGUCGUCAACAACAUCAGCCUGAGAAACAAUAGCGGAAUCGGCGGUUCGAUUUCAAAAUAAAAGUGACACAUUUGAAACUAAUGCAUUUAUUAAGGGCUUUCUGUAUGGUUGUCGAAUGUUGGUGGGGCAUAUUAACCUCUUUUAAUUAUAUUAACUGAAUUACUAUGAUCAAUAUUUGUAUUAUGUUGUAUUUAUACAUUGUGUAUAUGCAGGGGUCCCUUGUAAAAGAGAGCUACAUUUCAAUGGGACUCCCUGUUGAAAUAAAGGUGAAAUAAAAAAAAUUGAGUAGUUUUUCUUGAGUGUACUUUUAACAAAACUGAGAUUGACUUCAAAGUGCAUUCACCCUAUUGCUUACACCAAUCCAGUUGGUUUCAGAUCAACACAAGUGCCUAGGGAGAAGGGGUUAGGAUUUCUUCUGGACAGGACCUGCCUCUAGUGGCCCAGAGAGGUCUGAGCCACUGCAUCUCAGUGCUUGAGGCGUCACUACACUGAAUAAAGGUAAAAUAAAUUAAUAAAUUAAUAUCCCUUAUUGGGACAGUGGUUAGGGUGUUGGUCAUUGGUGCUAGAGGUCUGGAUUUGAGACCUGUUAGGGGAGGCCACUGCAUUCCAAGCAAUAUACAUUCAUUUCAUUAUUUGGCAACAGUUACAACCAUCUUGAAAAAUGUGAAACAGGUUGUACCCAGAACAACUAAAAUACCUAAAAUUAUUAUUUUUUAAACCAGCUGAUUCAGGCCUGAACAAUAAAACUUUAGUGAUAGUAAUAAUCUUAGUAAGACGCAAACUUUGCAAACUUUUUUAAAAAUACUGUAGUUGUAGCCAGACUCACACACUGCAGGAGAGCGGAGAUCCUCAUGGCCUUUCACAGCACAUUUUUAUUUUUUAUUUCACCUUUAUUUAACCAGGUAAGCCAGUUGAGAACAAGUUCUCACAUGAGUAGCUGUGUUUAAAAUAACUGAUAACAGAAGUGUGGAGGUGGGUUCAUCGAGAUGUUGUCCGUUCAUGUGCCAGAUGUAGGUGGGGUCACACCCGUCGCUAUGGGCGGGCCAUAGGGGGCCGGGCCCGCCCCCCAAAAUGCUUGUGCCCCCCCCCCCCCCCACUUGAGGGAAUUUAUUAUUAAAUAUAUGUACUGUAGGCUAAUAACAAUUGUGCCCUGCCCUCCCAUGCAUUUCAUAUGCAUACUGGAUCCUAUUCCUACUAAACUGCUGAAGGAGCUGCUUCCUGUGCUUGGCCCUCCUAUGUUGAACAUAAUAAACAGCUCUCUAUCCACCGGAUGUGUACCAAACUCACUAAAAGUGGCAGUGAUAAAGCCUCUCUUGAAAAAGCCAAACCUUGACCCGGAAAAUAUAAAAAACUAUCGGCCUAUAUCGAAUCUUCCAUUCCUCUCAAAAAUUUUAGAAAAAGCUGUUGCGCAGCAACUCACUGCCUUUCUGAAGACAAACAAUGUAUACGAAAUGCUUCAGUCUGGUUUUAGACCCCAUCAUAGCACUGAGACUGCACUUGUGAAGGUGGUAAAUGACCUUUUAAUGGCGUCAGACCGAGGCUCUGCAUCUGUCCUCGUGCUACUAGACCUUAGUGCUGCCUUUGACACCAUCGAUCACCACAUUCUUUUGGAGAGACUGGAAACCCAAAUUGGUCUACACGGACAAGUUCUGGCCUGGUUUAGAUCCUACCUGUCGGAAAGAUAUCAGUUUGUCUCUGUGAAUGGUCUGUCCUCCGACAAAUCAACUGUACAUUUCGGUGUUCCUCAAGGUUCCGUUUUAGGACCACUAUUGUUUUCACUAUAUAUUUUACCUCUUGGGGAUGUUAUUCGAAAACAUAAUGUUAACUUUCACUGCUAUGCGGAUGACACACAGCUGUACAUUUCAAUGAAGCAUGGUGAAGCCCCAAAAUUGCCCUCGCUAGAAGCCUGUGUUUCAGACAUAAGGAAGUGGAUGGCUGAAAACUUUUUACUUUUAAACUCGGACAAAACAGAGAUGCUUGUUCUAGGUCCCAAGAAACAAAGAGAUCUUCUGUUAAAUCUGACAAUUCAUCUUGAUGGUUGUAAAGUCGUCUCAAAUAAAAACUGUGAAGGACCUAGGCGUUACUCUUGACCCUGAUCUCUCUUUUGACGAACAUAUCAAGACUGUUUCAAGGACAGCUUUUUUCCAUCUACGUAACAUUGCAAAAAUCAGAAAUUUUCUGUCCAAAAAUGAUGCAGAAAAAUUAAUCCAUGCAUUUGUUACUUCUAGGUUAGACUACUGCAAUGCUCUAUUUUCCGGCUACCCGGAUAAAGCACUAAAUAAACUUCAGUUAGUGCUAAAUACGGCUGCUAGAAUCCUGACUAGAACCAAGAAAUUUGAUCAUAUUACUCCAGUGCUAGCUUCCCUACACUGGCUUCCUGUUAAGGCAAGGGCUGAUUUCAAGGUUUUACUGUUAACCUAUAAAGCGUUACAUGGGCUUGCUCCUACCUAUCUUUCCGAGUUGGUCCUGCCGUACAUACCAAUACGUACGCUACGGUCACAAGACGCAGGCCUCCUAAUUGUCCCUAGAAUUUCUAAGCAAACAGCGGGAGGCAGGGCUUUCUCCUAUAGAUCUCCAUUUUUAUGGAACAGUCUGCCUACCCAUGUGAGAGACGCAGACUCGGUCUCAACCUUUAAGUCUUUACUGAAGACUUAUCUCUUCAGUAGGUCAUAUGAUUGAGUGUAGUCUGGCCCAGGAGUGUGAAGGUGAACGGAAAGGCUGGAGCAACGAACAGCCCUUGCUGUCUCUGCCGGGCCGGUUCCCCUCUCCACUGGGGUUCUCUGCCUCUAACCCUGUUGCAGGGGCUGAGUCACUGGCUUGCUGGUGCUCUUUCAUGCCGUCCCUGGGGGGGGGUGCGUCACUUGAGUGGGUUGAGUUACUGACGUGAUCUUCCUGUCUGGGUUGGCGCCCCCCCCCCCUUGGUUUGUGCUGUGGUGGAGACCUCUGUGGGCUAUACUCGGCCUUGUCUCAGGAUUGUAAGUUGGUGGUUGGGGAUAUCCCUCUAGUGGUGCGGGGGCUGUGCUUUGGCGGAGUGGGUGGGGUUAUAUCCUUCCUGUUUGGCCCUGUCCGGGGGUUUCUUCGGAUGGGGCCACAGUGUCUCCGGACCGCUCCUGUCUCAGCCUCCAGUAUUUAUGCUGCAGUAGUUUAUGUGUCGGGGGGCUGGGGUUAGUUGGUUAUACCUGGAGUACUUCUCCUGUCUUAUCCAGUGUCCUGUGUGAAUUUAAGUAUGCUCUCUCUAAUUCUCUCGUUCUCUCUUUCUCUCUGAGAACCUGAGCCCUAGGACCAUACGUCAGGACUACCGGGCAUGAUGACACCUUGCUGUCCCCAGUCCGCCUGGCCUUGCUGCUAUUCCAGUUUCAACUGUUCUGCCUGCGGCUACGAAACCCCUACCUGUCCCAGACCUGCUGUUUUCAACUCUAAAUGAUCGGCUAUGAAAAGCCAACUGAGAGACCUGAGCCCUAGGACCAUACGUCGGGACUACCGGCCGUGGUGACUCCUUGCUGUCCCCAGUCCGCCUGGCCUUGCUGCUAUUCCAGUUUAAAACUGUUCUGCCUGCGGUUAUGGAACCCCUACCUGUCCCAGACCUGCUGUUUUAAACUCUAAUGAUCGGCUAUGAAAAGCCAACUGAGAUUUAUUCCUGAUUAUUAUUUGACCAUGCUUGUCACUUAUGAACAUUUUUGAACAUCUUGGCAUGGUUCUGUUAUAAUCUCCACCCGGCACAGCCAGAAGAGGACUGGCCACCCCUCAUAGCCUGGUUCCUCUCUAGGUUUCUUCCUAGGUUUUGCCUUUCUAGGGAGUUUUUCCUAGCCACCGUGCUUCUACACCUGCAUUACUAGCUGUUUGGGGUUUUAGGCUGGGUUUCUGUACAGCACUUCGAGAUAUUAGCUGAUGUAAGAAGGGCUAUAUAAAAUAAAAUUGAUUGAUUGAUUGAUAUGCCCCCCUUAAGACUGAGGUCUGGCGACGGGUCUGGGUGGGGUUGGGGUUUUCACUCAGAGUGCAGCUGGUCACCUUCUGUCCCCACUGGCUUUUUUUUGUCCCCACUUUGUUGCAGUAGUUGUGCAUGGAAACCAUAGAGAAGUGUCACUCAGUGAGGUGUGAAAGACAACUAUUUACAGUGAACUGGAGAAGAUGCCAUUCAUCCUUAAAGGGACAGUUUACCUAAAUUACAAAAUACAUAUUGGUUUCCUCAUCUAUAAAUAACUUAACUGAGCUAGACAAUCAAUUCUAAAUACUUUAAGAUGAUUUGGACAUUAAGCGCAAACAUUUUUAAUAUCGGUACCAUUGAAUUGCAUUGGAUUUGUGCCACGAAUGCAAAAAAAAAUGUUAUCAUUUGAAACAAAGGCCAGGUGAACAAAAUCAAAGCACAGGUUGCUGUCAUAACUUGUCCAUAUAUAUUUACGUCAUUUAGCAGACGCUCUUAUCCAGAGCGACUUACAGUUAGUGAGUGCAUACAUUAUUUUUUAUACUGCCCCCCCCCCCCCCGUGGGAAUCGAACCCACAACCCUGGCGUUGCUAAACGCCACGCUCUACCAACUGAGCUACAUCCCUGCCGGCCAUCCCGCCCCUACCCUGGACAACUGUGCGGGCCAAUUGUGCGCCGCCCCAUGGGUCUCCCGGUCGCGGCUGGCUACGACAGAGCCUGGAUUCGAACCAGGAUCUCUAGUGGCACAGCUAGCGCUGCGAUGCAGUGCCUUAGACCACUGCGCCACUCGGGAGGUUGUUAUACUGCUUAAACGGUAAGGAAACCAAUAUGUCAUUUUGUAAUUUGGGUGAACUAUACCUUUAUUAAGCAUCUUGUCCUAAAUUGCUUUAUGACAUUUUAGAAUUGUGUGUAGCUAAAACAGUAUAGAGAAUGCGGGUAACCAAUGAAUGAGCCCGUACCUGCCACAGACCAGAGAAAGACCACCAACACACUUCCUGCUGUUCUCAAGGCCAUCUCCCUCCCGGCAGUCUUACAAACAAUAAACAUCAACUUACUCUAUAGCUGGUGAAUAACUAUGCCCUAUACAUCAACUAAGAGGUGAACAAUCACGUAUUGAACAGACCUGUCUAAAGUACUGUAUACACAAAAUUAUUCAUUUAAUGCUUCAAAUCUGUUUUAUUCUUACAACCCUGAUUAUAAAUUUGAUACCUGGGUCCAAUUUCAUUACCCAGAAGAACAUGGUUUAUGACAAAAACAUACUAUCAAACACAAUAUUAUAAGAUAUCUUUGAGUGUACUUACAGAAUGAAGGGGAGAGGUCUUGUAAGCCAACUCACCGGCAGUAAGACUAGGGUCGACUCACAUACAGUGAGGGGGAAAAAGUAUUUGAUCCCCUGCUGAUUUUGUACGUUUGCCCACUGACAAAGACAUGAUCAGUCUAUAAUUUUAAUUGGUUGGUUGGUUUAUUUGAAUAGUGAGAGACAGAAUAACAAACAAAAAAAUCCGGAAAAACGCUUGUCAAAAAUGUUAUAAAUUGAUUUGCAUUUUAAUGAGGGAAAUAAGUAUUUGACCCCUCUGCAAAACAUGACUUAGUACUUGGUGGCAAAACCCUUGUUGGCAAUCACAGAGGUCAGACUUUUCUUGUAGUUGGCCACCAGGUUUGCAAACAUCUCAACCUGGCACCACCCCUACGGUGAAGCAUGGUGGUGGCACCAUCAUGCUGUGGGGAUGUUUUUCAGCGGCAGGGACUGGGAGACUAGUCAGGAUCGGGGAAAAGAUGAACGGAGCAAAGUACAGAGAGAUCCUUGAUGAAAACCUGCUCCAGAGCGCUCAGGACCUCAGACUGGGGCGAAUGUUCAGCUUCCAACAGGACAACGACCCUAAACACACAGCCAAGACAACGCAGGAGUGGCUUCGGGACAAGUCUCUGAAUGUCCUUGAGUGGCCCAGCCAGAGCCCGGACUUGAACCCGUUCGAACAUCUCUGGAGAGACUUGAAAAUAGCUUACCCCUAUACAUACCUGAUAGAGCUUGAGAGGAUCUGCAGAGAAGAAUGGGAGAAACUCCCCAAAUACAGGUGUGCCAAGCUUGUAGCGUCAUACCCAAGAAGACUCAAGGCUGUAAUCACUGCCAAAGGUGCUUCAACAAAGUACUGAGUAAAGGGUCUGAAUACUUACGUAAACGUGAUAUUUCUUUAAUUUAUUUUUUAAAAAUUGCAAAAUUGUCUAAAAACCUGUUUUUGCUUUGUCAUUAUGGGGUAUUGUGUGUAGAUUGAUGAGGGGGAAAAAACAAUUUAAUCAAUUUUAGAAUAAGGCUGUAACGUAACAAAAUGUGGAAAAGUCAAGGGGUCUGAAUACUUUCCGAAUGCACUGUGUAUGGAAAAAUACACGUUUGAAAAUUUAGACCAGUCGAUUGGUCUGAAAAACAAAUUACUAUUUUUUUUUUGUCAGGGACAGCCCUAGUUCUCUCUGCUUCCGCACGGCAAGCGGUACCGGUGCAUCGUCUGACACCAACAGGCUCCUGAACAGCUUCUAUUCUCAAGCCAUAAGACUGUUAAAUAGCCAACUAAAUGGCUUUCACAGACUAUCUGAGUUGAUCCUUAUACACACACAAUCAUCAUACGUACAUCUAUUCAUCAUACUGUAUAUCCUGAUGCCUAGUCACCUGACCCCUAUACAUAUCUACCUCUAUCACUCCAGUAUCCCUGCACAUUGUUAAUAUGGUACUGGAACUGACCCUGUAUAUAGUCACCUUACCCCUAUACAUAUCUACCUCUAUCACUCCAGUAUCCCUGCACAUUGUUAAUAUGGUACUGGAACUGACCCUGUAUAUAGUCACCUUACCCCUAUACAUAUCUACCUCCAUCACUCCAGUAUCCCUGCACAUUGUUAAUAUGGUAUUGAACUGACCCUGUAUAUAGUCACCUUACCCCUAUACAUAUCUACCUCUAUCACUCCAGUAUCCCUGCACAUUGUUAAUAUGGUACUGGAACUGACCCUGUAUAUAGUCACCUUACCCCUGUACAUAUCUACCUCUAUCACUCCAGUAUCCCUGCACAUUGUUAAUAUGGUAUUGAACUGACCGUGUAUAUAGUCACCUACUCCUAUACAUAUCUACCUCUAUCACUCCAGUAUCCCUACACAUUGUUAAUAUGGUAUUGAACUGACCCUGUAUAUAGUCACCUUACCCCUAUACAUAUCUACCUCUAUCACUCCAGUAUCCCUGCACAUUGUUAAUAUGGUACUGGAACUGACCCUGUAUAUAGUCACCUGACCCCUAUACAUAUCUACCUCCAUCACUCCAGUAUCCCUGCACAUUGUUAAUAUGGUACUGGAACUGACCCUGUAUAUAGUCACCUUACCCCUAUACAUAUCUACCUCUAUCACUCCAGUAUCCCUGCACAUUGUUAAUAUGGUAUUGAACUGACCCUGUAUAUAGUCACCUUACCCCUAUACAUAUCUACCUCUAUCACUCCAGUAUCCCUGCACAUUGUUAAUAUGGUACUGGAACUGACCCUGUAUAUAGUCACCUUACCCCUAUACAUAUCUACCUCCAUCACUCCAGUAUCCCUGCACAUUGUUAAUAUGGUACUGGAACUGACCCUGUAUAUAGUCACCUUACCCCUAUACAUAUCUACCUCUAUCACUCCAGUAUCCCUGCACAUUGUUAAUAUGGUACUGGAACUGACCCUGUAUAUAGUCACCUUACCCCUAUACAUAUCUACCUCCAUCACUCCAGUAUCCCUGCACAUUGUUAAUAUGGUACUGGAACUGACCCUGUAUAUAGUCACCUUACCCCUGUACAUAUCUACCUCCAUCACUCCAGUAUCCCUGCACAUUGUUAAUAUGGUAUUGAACUGACCCUGUAUAUAGUCACCUUACCCCUAUACAUAUCUACCUCCAUCACUCCAGUAUCCCUGCACAUUGUUAAUAUGGUAUUGGAACUGACCCUGUAUAUAGUCACCUUACCCCUAUACAUAUCUACCUCUAUCACUCCAGUAUCCCUGCACAUUGUUAAUAUGGUACUGGAACUGACCCUGUAUAUAGUCCCCUUCCCCCUAUACAUAUCUACCUCUAUCACUCCAGUAUCCCUGCACAUUGUUAAUAUGGUACUGGAACUGACCCUGUAUAUAGUCACCUUACCCCUAUACAUAUCUACCUCUAUCACUCCAGUAUCCCUGCACAUUGUUAAUAUGGUACUGGAACUGACCCUGUAUAUAGUCACCUUACCCCUAUACAUAUCUACCUCCAUCACUCCAGUAUCCCUGCACAUUGUUAAUAUGGUACUGGAACUGACCCUGUAUAUAGUCACCUUACCCCUAUACAUAUCUACCUCCAUCACUCCAGUAUCCCUGCACAUUGUUAAUAUGGUACUGGAACUGACCCUGUAUAUAGUCACCUGACCCCUAUACAUAUCUACCUCCAUCACUCCAGUAUCCCUGCACAUUGUUAAUAUGGUAUUGGAACUGACCCUGUAUAUAGUCACCUUACCCCUAUACAUAUCUACCUCCAUCACUCCAGUAUCCCUGCACAUUGUUAAUAUGGUAUUGGAACUGACCCUGUAUAUAGUCCCCUGACCCCUAUACAUAUCUACCUCCAUCACUCCAGUAUCCCUGCACAUUGUUAAUAUGGUACUGGAACUGACCCUGUAUAUAGUCACCUUACCCCUAUACAUAUCUACCUCCAUCACUCCAGUAUCCCUGCACAUUGUUAAUAUGGUACUGGAACUGACCCUGUAUAUAGUCACCUGACCCCUAUACAUAUCUACCUCCAUCACUCCAGUAUCCCUGCACAUUGUUAAUAUGGUAUUGGAACUGACCCUGUAUAUAGUCCCCUGACCCCUAUACAUAUCUACCUCCAUCACUCCAGUAUCCCUGCACAUUGUUAAUAUGGUACUGGAACUGACCCUGUAUAUAGUCACCUGACCCCUAUACAUAUCUACCUCCAUCACUCCAGUAUCCCUGCACAUUGUUAAUAUGGUACUGGAACUGACCCUGUAUAUAGUCACCUGACCCCUAUACAUAUCUACCUCCAUCACUCCAGUAUCCCUGCACAUUGUUAAUAUGGUAUUGGAAGUGACCCUGUAUAUAGUCACCUUACCCCUAUACAUAUCUACCUCCAUCACUCCAGUAUCCCUGCACAUUGUUAAUAUGGUAUUGAACUGACCCUGUAUAUAGUCACCUUACCCCUAUACAUAUCUACCUCCAUCACUCCAGUAUCCCUGCACAUUGUUAAUAUGGUAUUGAACUGACCCUGUAUAUAGUCACCUUACCCCUAUACAUAUCUACCUCCAUCACUCCAGUAUCCCUACACAUUAUAAAUAUGGUAUUGAACUGACCCUGUAUUUAGCUUCUUACUUUCUCCUGUUCUUAUUUCUUAUUUGUAUUUCUUGUGUGUUUUUGUUCUACCUUGUUCUUUUUUGUGCUACAUUGAUGUUGAUUACUGCAUUGUUGGGUUUAGAGCUUGAAAGAAAGGCAUUUCACUGUACUUUGUGCACGUGACAUUAACACUUUAAAACUUCAAGUCCAAAACGAAGGCCCGAAAACACAUUGCUUUAUGAAAAUUGCAGGACCUGCUUAAUCUAAACCCUAGAUUUGUGAAAACUCGUUCACAAGUUGUGGGUGUCACCUGUGUAGACUGAUACCCCAAUUUCCUGGACCCAAGAUCCCAUAUGAAUGUUCAAGACACACAACAGGCUGAACAGUGAGGUCACUUCCCAUGUGGCUCCGUUGGUAGACAGGAUUGUGGGGGUCGAUUCUCACGGGGGGACCAGUCCAGAAAACGUACGCCCUCACUACAGUAAGUCGCUCUGGAUAAGAGCGUCCGCUAAAUCACUAAUAUGUCAUUUCCCACAGUUAAAAUCCCCCCUAUAAGAGCUACAAGGGCUAAUAUUUGUGUAAACUCUUUAUAAUUGUAAUCUGUGGGUGUCACUGAGUAGGCUGAUAAACCAUUUCAUGGACCCAAGAUCCAUAGGUAAGGCUGUACAUUAUAUUAUAUAAGUAUGCCACCAAUGCAAUUCUUUAAUCUAUACAUCCACAGUGUGAUUUCAACUGAUUUUUUUUUGGGGGGGGGUCAAAUUAACUAAUAAUAUUAUUUUGUUGAAUUUAUAUAACAACAUUCCAACCUUGUUUAGCAUUAUCCAGUCCAAUUGUGGCAUGAUUUCACUAUUUUCGUCCGUUAGCAUCAGUUUCAUUUUGGGGACUUUUAUUUAGAAGGCGAACAGCCGAUUCUACUAUUCUUGCUCACGACUAAUGUUGUUCACGACACACACGGGCCGCCCGCCUCCUGCUGCUGCUGUCACCGUCCAAUGCGCCGGAGCAACGCCAGGAGGCGCUGUUGUCCGCAUGCUGCUAGUGCUACUGUCACGUACCCCUUCAGACACACAUCAAUGUAGGUGGAUACUUGAAACCAGAGACGUAGGUUAGUUAACACUUUGUUUGUUUUGGAGUUUGUCUUUUUUAUCAGAUCCAUGAUGGUUGUCAACGUGUUUUACAGUAACCCAAUCCCAAAGAGCAAGCAGAAGCACAGUGGCCAGGAAAAGAAGGAAGAAACGUAUUUUUGGCGGAACCGAAUAAUGUAAUGUAAAGAGUAGCCUACAUAUGACCAUAAUCUAGUUUUGUGGAUGAUUGAUUGAAAACGUUAUAUACUGUAUGUCCUCCUGUCUCUACUAUGCAGACUGUUAUUUUUUAAAAACCUACAUCAUCUCUGUGUCUUUGCUGCAUGUGUCAUGUACCAAUUCAACACUAAAUAGUAAUAUGCCAUUUAGCAGACGCUUUUAUCCAAAGCGAUUUACAGUCAUACGUGCAUACAUUUUUGUGUAUGGGUGGUCCCGGGGAUCGAACCCACUACCCUGGCGUUACAAGCGCCGUGCUCUACCAGCUGAGCUACAGAGGACCAGAAGUGCCACUAGAAGUGUACACACUAGAAGUGCCCUCGCAGGAACAUACAUCUUUAAUUGAUCAAUCUCUGAACUGAAGUGAAGUUUGUAACUUAACACCAUUCCAAAAAAAGAUUACUCCAUACCAGUGGCGGCUCCUGAAAAAAUUCUCAGGGGGGGCAAUUUUUCUGAUGAUUUAGGUGACCUACACACAUUUUAAAAAAGAUAUGUCCAGCAACAACAUGAAGACAGGGGCAGCAUAUAAGUCAAUACUGAUAUACACAUUACUUGCUUCAAAAAGGCCUCAUGGUUGAAUUGGAAAUAUGUGCACCUGAGCAUAAUUCACAACAAGCAAGCAGGAGCUUUUGAUAGAGGCUACUGAAAACAUUGAUGCAAGUUAUUGGUAAUAGGAAAUUUUUAUACACUUCCAUAUUCUGCCCUCUUGUAUAGAUUUGUGAAAAUGAACAGUGAUAGACAUUUUGCCUGAAAACAGAAUUUGAAAAUAAUUUCUAGAAAAGGUAAACACAGCUAUCUGUAUGGCUUUGUAAAAAUGAACAACCAUAUUCUGGCCAAUUGUAUAGAUUUGUAAAUAUGAACAACCAUAUUCUGGCCAAUUGUAUAGAUUUGUAAAAAAAAAGUUUUACUUUUUUUUUAAUGAAAAAUAACUAUUUUAAACAACAUCAACUGUGAACUGAUUUGGGCGUGUGUGUGUUAAAGAGACAGACAGGGAGGGACAAAGAGAGAGAGAGGCUACAUUACUUGUACUGAAACUGUUCUCUUCUCUCUUUCAAUGCAGCAAAGCGGUCAAUGACUUUCUCAUUGAAAUCAGGCAUAAAAUUCAGCUGAUGCACAUAGCAAUGCACGUAAUGGGCAUUCUUGAAAUGCUCACGUACCUUUUGCUGCACACCAGCCUUCUCUCCCCUCAUCACACUGGCUCCAUCGUAAGCUUGCGCAAUGAGUUUGACUCUCAGUUUCAGUCUCUCCAAAAGCACACUGGCGAUUGAGACUGAGGUUGAUUCCGAGAUGGGAAGGAACUCAAAAAAGCGCUCCUGCACUCUGUGGUUGCUAUCUAUGUACCUCAGCACCAGCCAGCUGUGUCUGUGUAGAAACGUCCGUGGUCUCGUCAGCUUGGAUAGCUACGAAGUUCGCCGACUUCACCUCCUCCACAAUAUGUUCCCUCAUGACCGCUAGCAUACACUCCAGUAGCUCGUUUUGAAUGGUCUUUGAUGUGAACUUCUUUCAAAGAGACAAUCGAGUUGCACUGAACGCUAGCCAUCUUGAUAGUAGUACGUGAAUUGAUUGACGCUGCUACCCGCUCUUUUCUUAGUUACGUUCAUGGUUAUGUUACGUAUGACGAAAGCGCGUAAGUGCAAGCCCUCAGAAACCCAUAGAGAUUGUAUUGAAAGCUCUGAUAUUUGAAAAAAAAAGAUUUUACAUGAGAGGCUAUGAGAGACUUCUGGGCGAUUUUCAACCUGACUGAAAUCGCCCCAAAACGGGCGGGGCCAUUUGAAGCACGACUUUAGCCUGAUUGGACAUUUAGUGGCAGAUCAGACGUCUAGAUUAGAACACUGAUAACUACUGUUGCCGUGAUAUAAUUGAUUAGAAAAAAAAUGCCUUGCUUUUCCCGUUUGGCAGUGCGUCGCCCAUAUCGCCCUAAUGAACACACCGCCCCUGCUCCAUACGUAAAAAAUGUAUGCACACAUGACUGUAUGUCGCUUUGGAUAAAAGCGUCUGCUAAAUGGCAUAUUAUAGAAAGGUGUAGUUUCUAUGUUGGCCACUUGCUUGCGCUAGAGUUUCACUUGUUAAAUGACUAGUCCUUUUAACCGCAGGAACCACAUAGCAGGAUAACAACUCUGUUAGUAAUCUGCCAGAAGAAACUACACAGAUAGUUAAACAUGUCAGAAUAAAAUACCACCCAAAAUCUUCUUCUCAUGGAUACCUUUAGUCUGACUGCCAUCAUUGCGGUCGUUUGUAGUGACGAGGGGUGUUGUACAAAACAAUCAUCAGCGAUUGGAUGUUCUCUAACCAAUCAGAGUAUCUUCUUCUUCUUUUUCUUUCAGAUUGGGUUGGUUGAUCGCGUCCAACUUUUACACCGCCUCCUACUGUACUGGAGUGUGAGGCCAUUCACGGACCACCUACAUUACAUGAUCUUCAUUAGUCCUGUUCCUCUAAGAAAGUGAAAUAGAGCCCUAGACACCACUAUCCUCCCCUUUCCUCCCCCCACUACACCACCCAAACCCCAACCCCGUCCAGCCUCUCUAACCCCCCCCCACUACACCACCCAAACCCCAACCCCGUCCAGCCUCUCUAACCCCCCCCCCCCCACUACACCACCCAAACCCCAACCCCGUCCAGCCUCUCUACCCCCCCCCCACUACACCACCCAAACCCCAACCCCGUCCAGCCUAAUCUCACCCUUUCACACAAGGCCUCUCUAAAAUGUGCAGUUUUAUCACACAACACAAUGCCACAGACGUCUCAAGUUUUGAGGGAGCGUGCAAUUGUCAUGCUGACUGCAGGAAUGUCUACCAGAGCUGUUGCCAAUAGAACUGAUGUUCAUUUCUCUACCAUAACGUCGAAUUUGGCAGUAUGUCCAAACGGCCUCACAACCGCAGACCACGUGUAUGGAGUCGUGUGGGCGAGCGGUUUGCUGAUGCCAACGUUGUGAACAGAGUGCCCCAUGGUGGCGGUGGGGUUAUGGUAUAGGCAGGCAUAAGUUACGGACAACAAACACAAUUUCAUUUUAUCGAUGGCAAUUUGAAUGCACAGAGAUACCGUGACGAGAUCCUGAGGCCCAUUGUCGUGACAUUCAUCCACCGCCAUCACCUCAUGUACACAAUUCCUUGAAGCUGAAAAUGUCCCAGUUCUUCCAUGGCCUGUAUACUCACCAGACAUGUCACCAAAUUAAGCAUGUUUGGGAUGCUCUGGAUCGACGUGUACGACAGCGUGUUCCAGUUCCCGCCAAAAUCCAGCAACUUCGCACAGCCAUUGAAGAGGAGUGGGACAACAGGCCACAAUCAACAGCCUGAUCAACUCUAUGCGAAGGAGAUGUGUGGCGCUGCAUGAGGCAAAUGGUGGUCACACCAGAUACUGACUGGUUUUCUGAUCCACACCCCUAGCGUUUUUUAAAGAUAGCUGUGACCAACAGAUGCAUAUCUGUAUUGCCUCCCCCCUACUAGCAUCCCAUUCCCUUUGCCAAAGAUCGAGCCCAAGGACUUGACUUCCCUGCGGCCCAGCGGGACCUGAAUAUCUACCCCCUCUCUCCUCACAGCACUCUUAGCCACAACAUCGGCCUUCUCAAUACCAUCCACACCCACAUGGGAGGGUGCCCAGCAAAAGCUUACCACCACUCCCAUUCUCUCCAAUCCCAUUAACAGCACCGUCAUCUCCACAAAUAAGUCUCCCCUAUCCGACCUGCCCGUCUUCACACUUCCUCAACACUGCAGCCUUAAUCAGAGCAGAUCACCACUCUGAGAGGUUUCAACUCCUCCUCCACCCCAUCUCAAACCUAUAAUCAUGGCCAUCAACCAGGCCGCAAACACUGACACAUAAUCAGUUAACCCGCUUACAUACUCUAACAUUGAAAUCUGGAAUAUACACCCCUGCCCCCACCCUAGCACUGACUGGAUCCUAUGAACCAUCUAUAUACAGUAUAUCCUUAAAAAACUAAUACAACUGAUUAUCUAUAUACAGUGUAUCUCUCCACACACAGUCUCAUGUCCUCUUCCCAUUCUCUCCUACCCUCAAUCAUAUCCACAUCUACACAUCUAAACAGCCAACGGAGGAACGUUCCCCAAUGCAAUUGCCGUCCCCGUCUCUCUCUCUCGCCCCCCCCCCCCCCCCAGUCCAUAUUCUACCACUUUCUGCCCGACUGUCCACCCGUACGCCCUCUGCUUACCCACUCCUCGCUCCCAGCAUUCCCCAGUUGCCAUGACCGCAGGAUGUCGUUCUGAACACCCCUUUCAACCUCGACCCAGUACGCUAAUGCAAGUUAGUACCGCCUUAUCCUCAGUGGCAGUUCCCCACUAUCCACCCGUACUGACUCAACAGGUGUCGUCCUGAAGGAUCCCACACACUAUCCACCCGUACUGACUCAACAGGUGUCGUCCUGAAGGAUCCCACCCACUAUCCACCCGUAAUGCCUCAACAGGUGUCGUCCUGAAGGAUCCCACACACUAUCCACCCGUAAUGACUCAACAGGUGUCGUCCUGAAGGAUCCCACACACUAUCCACCCGUAAUGACUCAACAGGUGUCGUCCUGAAGGAUCCCACACACUAUCCACCCGUAAUGACUCAACAGGUGUCGUCCUGAAGGAUCCCACACACUAUCCACCCGUAAUGACUCAACAGGUGUCGUCCUGAAGGAUCCCACACACUAUCCACCCGUAAUGCCUCAACAGGUGUCGUCCUGAAGGAUCCCACACACUAUCCACCCGUAAUGCCUCAACAGGUGUCGUCCUGAAGGAUCCCACACACUAUCCACCCGUAAUGCCUCAACAGGUGUCGUCCUGAAGGAUCCCACACACUAUCCACCCGUAAUGCCUCAACAGGUGUCGUCCUGAAGGAUCCCACACACUAUCCACCCGUAAUGCCUCAACAGGUGUCGUCCUGAAGGAUCCCACACACUAUCCACCCGUAAUGCCUCAACAGGUGUCGUCCUGAAGGAUCCCACACACUAUCCACCCGUAAUGCCUCAACAGGUGUCGUCCUGAAGGAUCCCACACACUAUCCACCCGUAAUGCCUCAACAGGUGUCGUCCUGAAGGAUCCCACACACUAUCCACCCGUAAUGCCUCAACAGGUGUCGUCCUGAAGGAUCCCACACACUAUCCACCCGUAAUGCCUCAACAGGUGUCGUCCUGAAGGAUCCCACACACACAAUCUCAGGGCCCUUGACUGUAUCCUUUCUAGGCGCUGUAGUACCGUUUUGGCCGCCGAUCCAUAUACAAAGCGCCCAUAAUAAAAAAUUUAAAAACUUAAUUUCAAUAUUAUUGAACAUGUCUCUUGUACGUAAGCCUCCCAUCAAACCACAUACCUAAAUACUUCAACUCAGACGCCCUACUGUAUAUCCUGGCCGUUUAUUUGCAGCCCUAACAGCUUUAACCUUCCUCCUAGAAUACACCAUAAAGCAGGACUUGGCCACAGACAUCCUAAACCCCCAUGUUAGAGACCAAUCUCCCACAGCUUCUAGCAUCUUCCUCGUCACAUAUUUCACAUUCCCACCUCUCUUCCAUACAGACCCCAUCAUCAGCAUACAAGGCAAUACCCACUCCCUGUCCCACCUCCUUAAAUAUAUAAUCUAUCAUCAGGGUGAAGAACACCGGGCUGACCACGCUUCCCUGAGGAGUACCGUUGUCCACUUCAAACCACAUUGACAAUUCUGACCUCACACUCAUCUGUAUGACUCGAUCGAACAGGAAGUCCAUGAUCCAGUUAUACAGAUGUCCGCCAAUGCCCAAUGCACUCAACUUGAUCAACAACCCUUUCCCUCCACAUGGUAUCGUAGCUUUCUCAAUGUCAAAAUACACAACACUCAUCACCUCUUUUAACUCUCACCAUGUCAGACCUCCCUCUCCUGAACCCACUCUGUGCUGCGCUCGUAAAACCCCUAACUUCCAAGAAAUACAUCAUCCUCCAUCAACUUACACAUGCUGGAUGUCAGCGCAAUAGGACUAUAACUGCCCGCCCAGGUGGGAUCUAAUCAGAGCAUCAAAGACCAAUGACGAAUUUUUAAAACUGACGCUUUACUCGCGUGUGUUCUGGCUCUGGACCAAUCAGACGGCCCCAGUUGGCAUUCAGUGAAGGGUCGGGGAGGUACUCAGAUCCAGGCUCAUUGUGUCUGUGAUUGGCCAGAGCAAGGAGUCUUGGUAGCCAAGCAACAAUAGAGUAGCCUAGGUAACUGACUUACUGUUUAUGUAUUCAACAACGACACAUUGUUGCCUUGCCAAACAAACCUUGUUCUGCCAAACAACGACAACCUGGCAAACAGACUGGCAUCCAGACCUGGCAAACAGACUGGCAUCCAGACCUGGCAAACAGACUGGCAUCCAAACAGACUGGCAUCCAGACCUGGCAAACAGACCUGGCAAACAGACUGGCAUCCAGACCUAUUGAGAUAUUUAAUGACCACGACUGUCCAAUAAACAAACCCUGAACUCCUUCUGCCUAGCAGACAUGAGGUGUGUGAGUGUGUGUGUGUGUGUGUGUGUGUGUGUGUGCUAAACAUGCAUUCCAAAUGUUCACACGGGCAUAAGGCUUUACCAACCAUAUCAAUGUAUGGUUGGAUGUCUUUAUGCCACAAAUAGACCAUGGGGGGGGUCAGGUUGAUGUUACACAGUGAUUCCUUACACAUUACUACAUGCAUUAUCCCAUUUAGAAGGAACGGUGUCCAGUUGGAAAAGCCAUAACGCUUGACCACUUGAACACAGCUGGAAAGAGAGCUAGCCUAUUGGACAUCUCUCACCUGCACCCAGUGUGUUACGGAACGAUAUCGCCAAGAAUCCUAAUCUAUCAUUGAUUCCGCUGAAUGAGAGUGCAUGUGUGUGAUAAAGGUUCCGGUUUCCUUCUGUAGUCAUUGGAUCAGUACUCAGACCCUAACCUAAUAUAAAAUGAGAGAAAAACACUUUUUGGGGAGGUUCUCUUCUGCACUGUUCAACCAAUCCAGUAAAUGUGGAGGAAGAGUUCAGAUGGAGAGUCGCCUUGCUAAAGGACGACUUGCACUUCCUGAUUUGGCCUCGUUUUGAAGAUUGCUCAUUAAGAAAUGAUAGAGGCUGUGACUGAAGCCAAACAAAAGUUGUCUUGGGGUGUGGUUUGAUGUGGGUGUGGUGGACGUUCGCAUAUCGUACCCUUGCAGGUACUGUUGUUUGUCCCUCAUGAGUCACUGUAGCAACAACAUAACCACUUCCUUAAAAUAGUCAGAAUUAAUUCUAAGAUAAAUAAUGUAGACGUUUUUUUGCCGAGGUCUUAGUCCCGCAAUUUUACAUCUAGCUAAGGUGAUUGGUGCAGUAUUUCUCAAGUUAAAAACAUUUGCAUGAAAACUAGUCAGUGCGCUGCAUACAAUGGAGUCAGGAAAGUCUUGUUGCAUGCUCAGGACUGAUUUCUGAGAACAAUAACACGUCUACAACUUCCUCAUCAGCUGUCAAACUAUCAUAAAUAAAGAACAAGCUACAUGCUGUUUAUCAGUGCCCAAAAUCACUUGUUAGCUAGCUAAGUUCGAACUCUGUGUUUUUAAUGAAGCUAGGAAGUAGUAGCUAGCAGGCUUAUCAAGUCACCAGCGAGCGGAGACGUGUGGAGACGUGUGGAGACGUGUGGAGACGUGUGGAGACGUGUGGAGACGAGCGGAGACGAGCGGAGACGAGCGGAGACGAGCGAGACGAGCGGAGACGAGCGGAGACGUGUGGAGACGAGCGGAGACGUGUGGAGACGUGUGGAGACGUGUGGAGACGUGUGGAGACGAGCGGAGACGUGCGGAGACGUGCGGAGACGUGUGGAGACGUGUGGAGACGUGUGGAGACGAGCGGAGACGAGCGGAGACGUGUGGAGACGUGUGGAGACGUGUGGAGACGUGUGGAGACGUGUGGAGACGAGCGGAGACGUGUGGAGACGUGUGGAGACGUGUGGAGACGUGUGGAGACGAGCGGAGACGUGUGGAGACGUGUGGAGACGAGCGGAGACGUGUGGAGACGUGUGGAGACGUGUGGAGACGAGCGGAGAGUGCGGAGACGUGUGGAGACGGGAGACGUGUGGAGACGAGCGAGACGUGUGGAGACGUGUGGAGACGAUGGAGACGUGUGGAGACGUGUGGAGACGUGUGGAGACGUGUGGAGACGAGCGGAGACGUGCGGAGACGUGUGGAGACGUGCGGAGACGUGUGGAGACGAGCGGAGACGUGUGGAGAUGAGCGGAGACGUGUGGAGACGAGCGGAGACGUGUGGAGACGAGCGGAGACGUGCGGAGACGAGCGGAGACGUGCGGAGACGUGUGGAGACGAGCGGAGACGUGUGGAGACGAGCGGAGACGUGUGGAGACGUUUGGAGACGUGUGGAGACGUGUGGAGACGUUGGAGACGUGUGGAGACGUGUGGAGACGUGUGGAGACGAGCGGAGACGUGUGGAGACGUGUGGAGACGUGUGGAGACGUGUGGAGACGUGUGGAGACGUGUGGAGACGUGUGGAGACGUGUGGAGACGAGCGGAGACGUGUGGAGACGUGUGGAGACGUGUGGAGACGUGUGGAGACGAGCGGAGACGUGUGGAGACGUGUGGAGACGUGUGGAGACGAGCGGAGACGUGUGGAGACGUGUGGAGACGUGUGGAGACGUGUGUGCUUUCUCACUAUCCAUUACCAGUGAGACUGUCUGUCUGGCAGUGUUUUAUGGGGAAUUAUGUUACAAAACAGGUCGCGGGGGGACAAGAUGCUCACGAAUGGGUUUUGGAAUAUUGACAAGUUGCAGUUGGGAUACAAGUGAACUUUGAUCAUUUCAAUUCUAAUUUUUCCUAAAAAAAAGACUUGAGACUAUCAAACACAUCAGCAAGUGGCCACUCCAUAAAGGGCCUAGGGGCCAAGGGUUAUUUCAACAUAACAUUGGCAACUGUUGUCUGAUAUGAACAAGUGUGAAGCACUGCGUAUUGGGCAGGUCUGUCUCACUGUCUGGAGGUUCUGGCUGCUAUGAUUGGAUACAGCGGCGCAGCUGAAAGAGCACAGUCAGCACAGCUGCGUCUCUCGUGUUAGUGGGCACUGGGAAAGUGGGCAUGAUCCUAAUCCAGACCCAACCCUCCGGUAAGUCGUGAUGAACUCGCUUACAAAACUCAGUUUUGGAUGAAGACUUACUUUAUGACCAUAAUUAACUCAUUUACACUUUGUAGUCAAUUUUGGCACUGGAACGAAUGCUUCUGACUCAUAUUGAUGCCACAUAGGCCGUUUCAAACCAGAGAAGUUGGUUCUAAGGGGCAGUUGACCUUUUAACGUCCAAAAGCGGAAGUCAUUUCACAGGUUCUCUUUCCAUUUCUCCUGAAAACUCCAACCUGGUUAGGGUGCUCCUACUCUAAAACACUUUAUGAAUAGGGGACCCUGGCCUACAGUUAGUAGCAGUACCUUAGCAGGCAGCAGGAUGCAAUGACAUGAAAGGUCUUUGGCUAUUUGUAACAGCAGGUGUAAUCUGUCCACACAUGGUGUCCGACGUUUUGAUGAAGCAGAGAUUUAAAAUAUCCAUCUAUCUUUAUCUGCAUGCAGACUCGGAUGAACUUUGAAUAGAACCAUUGAGUCAUUCAUUCUAGAGCAUUAAGUCACGACGAGGGUUCUCAACAGUGCUGACGAUGUUAUUUAACACAAGCCUACUCAAACACAUUAGAAAGCACAUCAGCAACAUCUGAUAGGCCUAACUGCUUAUUUAUCUAAGAGAAGAGGGCGUCAGAGAGAGACGCUGUGUGUUUCGUAAAUUCAAGGGAUUCUCCUCAGCUCCUGCCGAGGUGCCAGCGGGUAGCAGGUGUACAUCUCUCCAGCAACACGUCCUACUGUGCGCUCAUGUGUGUGUGUAAACACUGGUAUUGUUGUAGCCGAGCCCUUGCGUGAGUGAGCCUAUUCUUCCCCUCAUCAAUUGAAACUCCGUCCGUGAGCAGGCUUGGCACCUCGCCAGAGAGACCCGGAGGGAGAGAGAGAGAGAGAGGGACAGGAGAGUGAGAGAGAGGGAGCUAACCAACCCUCCCCCCAUCGCGCGAGGGGCCUUUAAACAUUCCCAUGGGCUAGCAGAGGGGGACACUUCCCUGUUUUUAUUGUCUCGUCUAGUUCUCAGAAUAUAGGCCUAAUAGAAUAUAACUUUUUUUGUCCAUGCGAGGAUGGACAUGUUCUUGUUUUCGCGCUCCAUUGAAUGCAAUCCGAAGCCACACAAAUUAUAGUGAACAAAAAAAAUGAUAAACGCAACAUGCAACAAUUUCAAAGAUUUUAAUGAUUUACAGUUCAUAUAUAAGAAAUCAGUCAAUUGAAAUAAAUUCCCUACAUCCUGGGCUGACAUGGUUACAAGUGGUCUACGGUUGUGAGGCCAGUUGGACAUACUGACAUUCUCUAAAACGACGUUGGAGGCAGCUUAUGAAUAUUCAAUUAUCUGGCAACAGCUCUGGUGGACAUUCCUGCAGUCAGCAUUUCAGUUGCAUGCUCCCUCAAAACUUGAGACAUCUGCGGCGUUGUAUUGUGUGAUAAAACUUCACAUUUUAAAGUGGCCUUUUAUUGUCCCCAGCACAAGGUGCACCUGUGUAAUGAUCAUGCUGUUUAAUUAUCUUCUUGAUAUGCCACACCUGUCAGGUGGAUGGAUUAUCUUGGCAAAGGAGAAAUGCUCACUAACAGGGAUGUAAACUAAUUUGUGCACAACAAUUGAGAGAAAUACGUUUUUUGUACAUAUGGAACAUUUGUGGAAUGUUUUAUUUCAGCUCAUGAAACAUGGGACCAACACUUUACAUGUUGCGUUUAUAUUUUUGUUCAGUGUAAUAAUUCAUAAUCACAAUUAGACGAAUAACGUUUGGUCUCUGAAACACAACAAAAAAAAUCGACCUUCUUCUCUCUCUCUCUCUCUGUUUUGACUGUCAAAGGUAGCCUCUAUAAGUGUGAGGGGUUACUAUGGGGUAAAUGCCAAAGGAAGGUCCCGUUUUGACUUGAAGAUUUAGAGACAAUAGCUGCUGCGUGAUGCCUACAGGUUAUGACAAGUUGUGACCGAGAUAUUGGCAUUUGUCUUCCAUGCUAGUAAUGUACUCACUGUCCCAAUAUUCGGAACCAUAUAGGUGCAGAUCCCACAGCUCGUCAAAGCGUUGUAGAUAAGGUACUACAAAUUCAUUCAUCCUUUCUUUGCCACGCCUUUAAACGUAAACAAAUGGAGGCUUGACCAAUUACAAGCCUAGAAUUCCCACGUAGCGAUCUGCCGAUGAUCAGAUGACUAAAGGAGAAACUAUUUAAAUAUGUGAUGAGAAACUUGACGCAGGUUCAUACAUUCACUCUGCUGCUACCGGUGUUACGCGUAGACGGAACACUGCCGCCGGCUUUUCAUUGAUACUUGGACGGUUGGACAGGUUCUCUGACAAACACCACCAACUGUGAAAGUUCCAGUUCUUAUCGAAACAACGACGGGCUUCACAUUUUUUUGAGUGAGAAAGAAAUGACAAAUAUCACUCUUUCGUUGUGGAUUUUCGUACUUUGUGCAGUUACAGUCUUUGUGUCGGGAGAGAACGCAGUUUUCAAAGGUAAAAGGAUAUCCAAUCUAAUCACAGAGAAACUAUUUCAUUUACCCUUUUUAACACCAGAUUCGGAUAGCCUGCCCUACAUUUUCAAUAAUAGGCUAAACUACCCACUGGAAUUUAUUUGCGUCUUAAAGGAGAGACGCCAUGAGGAAAGGGUCAAUGACUCUAAGCAGUUUUAGCGUGAGUUGAAAACGUGUCUUUAGGAAGGGGUAACCAUGGGGAGCAAAACCCGGACAAGACGCCACGUCUCCUGUUUCAUGUGGAAAGGAGAAUAUCAGCUAAAUCCGCGUUUUGCUGAGAGCCCAGUCAGUGUGCUGCGAGCCUAUUUUAAAAGUAGCCCUAAGCAAUCAAUCAGAAUUCAACAUUUUGAAUUUAGACCCUCUUUAAAUGUCUUUACAUUUCUACAUUAAAGCAAUUUUAUAGAAUGUCCACAGGAUUCCACUUGAUCCUGUUCUGUUCCUAACUAAGAGGAAUUUAUGCUCAUGUGCCAGUCGUAACAAAGUUGUAUAAAUAUUUUCCAUGUGAUUGGUAAAUGACCCGCCUGACUACAUGUAACCGGUGUGAAACGGCCAGCUAGUUAUCAACGCGCGUUAGGAGCGUUUCAAUCAGGUGACGUCACGCUCUGAGACCUUUAAGGAGGUGUUUCCCAGAUCCCGCGACGCCUACGGAUUUUGUGGCGUGACGGGUAACUGUGCUGCGAGGGGGAACCGUUGUCGAUGUGUGCAGAGGGAUCUUGGUUCAAGCCCAGGUAGGUGCGAGAGAGGAACGGAAUUAACACUGUAGGCAAAUUUGCUUUGUUGAGACGCCGGUAGUCCGGUAAAACAUAUAUAUUUUUGACUCUGCAAAUAUCUUGAGUGUUCGUGUGAAAGCGUGUCAGUACGAGCACGACAGGUGUACGACAUAAAACAGAAAGUGUGGAGAGUUCUGGACUGCCGAAAUGUGUUCGCGGGACAGGGGCAGGAAGGCGCACAGGAGCAAUUCACACGCGCCGAAUUUAACAAGUGUAGACUACCGUGAAACGCUUACUUACGGGCCCUUUCUUAACAAUGCAGAGUUAAACAUUAAGAAAAAGGAAAUGUAUGAUAAAAUAACAAUAAGGACACUAUAUAUAUAUAUAUAUAUACACACACACACACACACACACACACACACACACACAAGGACUAGACAGACUGGUACCUAGUGAACGUGCAGGGGUAUGAGUUAGAGUUAUAAUGUAGGUAGGGGUAAAAGUGACUAGGCAAUCAGGAUAGAUAAUAAACAGUAGGAGCAGCAGCAGUGUGUGUGAUUUUUAGAUAUCGUCGCGGCAGUAUGGCCUACGUGGCUAAAUUGUAUAGGCUACACUGUCUGUACUGUAUUAGCAGGUGAAUUCAGGGCGUUGUCCACAGAAAUAGUUGCUUUUCAGCAACAGCUUCUUCUCCUUACUCUUCUCCUCCCAUCUGCACUACACUGAAUUGAUGUGCGGCGGGCCUACCAAAGGCCGCCAGUUGCCCAUCCCUGGCCUAGAUGAUCAAAAACGUGGGAUGGGAAAAGCAAAGAUGUUUACAUUUUAGUCACUUAGCAGACGCUCUUAUCCAGAGCCACUUACAGGAGCAAUUAGGGUUAAGGGCCUUGCUCAAGGGCACAUCGACAGAUUUUUUUCACCUAGUCGGCUCAGGGAUUAGAACCAGCGACCUUUCGGUUACUGGCACAACGCUCUUAACCACUAAGCUACCUGCCGUUGAUAGGGAUUCACUAUAUUGUGUUCACCAGUCUGGUGCAGUGUAUGGAGGAAGAAGAAUCAAGGACAACACUUUGAGGUGCACCUAGAGAUGAUGCUCAUCCUAAUGUCCCUCUUCCCUUCUCCCCCCCCCCCCCCCCCCCCCCCCCUCUUCCCUUCUCUUUCUCCCCCCCUUCAUCUCUCUCCCCCCCCCCCCCCCCCCCCCUCCUCUUCUCUCUCGUUCGCUCUCUUUCUCAGAUGAGGAGUUUAAAGUGCUACACAGUGAUGAUGAGGCGCUCCAUGACAGGAUCACAUACAACAUGAGGAAGAGCCUGGAUCUAGACGUGGACGGCUGCAUCCUGCUGCCUGGUGAGAAGUGGAGUCUGCAGGAGUGUGGCUUCAACGUCACAGCCAAGACCAUCUUUAUUAUCCACGGCUGGACGGUAAAACAGACACUCCUCUCUCCCUUUUAUAGACUGCCUUCACACACUUUGCUUCAGUGAGGCUUUGAUGUGUCUGUGUUUUCAGAAAGGGGUUUGAGGGGGUCACUGGUGUGUGUGUGUGUGUGUGCACGCGAUGGGUUGAAGACAGAAAGUUUGAGGAUCGCUGACUUACCCCCCCCACCCCAGAUGAGCGGGAUGUUUGAGAGUUGGAUGCGGAAGCUAGUGGCGGCCAUGAUGCAGCGAGAGCCGGAGGCCAACGUAGUCAUCGUUGAUUGGUUGCCCAUGGCCCACCAGCUCUACCCCGACGCUGUAAACCACACCCACCAAGUCGGCCUCAGCGUCGCCACCACCAUCAACUGGCUCCAGGUGUGUGAUUUUGAUUUGAAUUUAUUUGAUAGUUCAGUGGUGUCUUCUAUUGGCCAGGAGUAUUGGUGCAUAGGGCUGUUGUAUACAUUGAUCUCUAGGCUGACACAUACUGACAGAGGACAGGACUGUCUCCAGUAGCUUAGCGAGCGGAGAUGGAUCCAGGACACGUGGAGUCCAGUGUGUUAGCACACCGCUGAGCAGCCGUACACCCUUGCAGUCCCACCAGCUGGCUAGAGGGGGUUUCCCUUAGCAACAGAACAGCUGGGAAGCCGUUGGCAUCCUUUGCAGGUGUGGGUGGGAACUCUGGGAUUCUAGAAUCCCAAACGGGAGUUCUGGGUAUACUGUCGUUUCCAUUUGGUCGGUCGGGAGGGACUCGGCAGACGCUCUUGAGGAAGAGUUGUCCUCUGUCUAGUUUGCGAUGGGAAUCGCUCUCCACAAGAGCCAAUGGCUGCGUUCGCAGUCCUCUCCCCUCAUUCGUGAAUUUACUUCCACUAAGAGCAGAGACUGGGUGUAGUUCAAAUGCACCAUACUGCUUUCCUUUCUACCCAUCUAGUCUAUUUCAGAUGGAUGAUUGAGGGAAAGGAGGCUAUUUAACAGUAUUGGGACGUGUCCCAUUCAGGCCAGGCUCUGUCCCCUGAACCAGGCCAGGACACUGACACUCAAGCCCAUGGUUCAGGCUGUGGUUAGGGGAGUAGACCGAGACCAGCAGAGGCAGAAGGUGGAGGUGCUGUUGCAUGGCAUGAACAGCGUGAACGUAUUCUUCCCUCAUUAUCUCCACUGGGAUUGGCUGGUGCCCAGGGAAUGACUGACUGCUAUUGGCCGAGGGCCAGGUCUUGUUCAGUGAGUUUGGGGGAGGGGAGAGUGUAGCAGCUGAUGUGUGUGGUUUGUCUUGUAUCCGAUAGGAGGAACAGCAGCUGCCCUUGCAGAAUGUGCAUCUGAUUGGCUACAGCUUGGGGGCUCAUGUAGCGGGCUACGCCGGCACGUUCGUGCGAGGGAGCGUCGGCCGGAUCACGGGUAAGUGGCGGCAGGAUAUGACCUCACUCACUGUUGCUCCUCACAGGAAACUGUAUGAACCUUUGGAACGGUGCCAAGCUCCUGUAAAUCAAACUCCGUACUAGUCCAGUAGGAAACAAGUACCCUUUAGGGUAAUGCUCCAUAUAGUCAAAUAUCUAACGAGCAUCAAUAUGUCAUUAUGGAGUGACUGAUGUGUUAAGAUGCCAAUGGUCACGGUGUAUUGACUGCAGAAGAUGCCAAUGGUCACGGUGUAUUGACUGCAGAAGAUGUAUGCCUAUAGCUUUUAGACACACCCCUCUCUUGUCCACCAAAUGAGACGUUCCUGUUUCUCCCAUCUCUCCUAUAGGUCUAGACCCGGCAGGGCCCAUGUUUGAGGGGGUGGGGGAUGAGAAGCGCCUCUCUUCGGACGACGCUGACUUUGUGGACGUCCUGCAUACGUACACGCGCGAGGCGCUGGGAGUGAGCAUCGGGAUCCAGCAGCCCAUCGGAGACAUCGACAUCUACCCCAACGGAGGAGACGUGCAGCCGGGCUGUGACCUGACCAGCGUGCUGACCAGCGCCGCCGGAGGAAGUGAGUACCCACACACGGGGAGUAGUCGCCGAGAGACGCGGGGAGUAGUCGCCGAGAGACGCGGGAGUAGUCGCCGAGAGACGCGGGGAGUAGUCGCCGAGAGACGCGGGGAGUAGUCGCCGAGAGACGCGGGGAGUAGUCGCCGAGAGACGCGGGGAGUAGUCGCCGAGAGACGGCGGGAGUAGUCCGCCGAGGAGAGACGCGGGGAGUAGUCGCCGAGAGACCGCGGGGAGUAGUCGCCGAGAGACGCGGGGAGUAGUCGCCGAGACCAACAUUUCUGAAACUUUCCCAAAUUCAGUGUUUUUUUUAGAAAUCUCAUUUGGAGGAUUAUCUUGUAAUACAUUCCCUUCUGGUUCCAGAAAUCCUCCAAACAAGAUUUCUGAAACUCUGGGAAUUCUGUAACCUUAACUUGGACACGGUGCUGUACUGGUUUUGCUGUUGUGGUGAGUUAAUCUGACUGUUCUUCUCUCCUCAGAUUUCAUGGAUGUGAUGAAGUGUGAGCACGAGCGAGCUGUACACCUGUUUGUAGACUCUCUGAUCAGCAAGGCACACACAAGCUUUGCCUACCAGUGCACAGACCCUGAACGCUUCAAGAAGGGCAUCUGCCUGAGCUGCCGUAAGAACCGCUGUAACCAGAUGGGUUACAACGCCAAGAAGACGAGGAAGAGGCGUAACAGCAAGAUGUACCUGAAGACCCGCGCCGACACACCCUUCGGAGGUGAGCUGUGUUCUGUAGCCCUGUGAUUGGUUAGUUUAGUGGUUCCAACACUAUAACUGGGAGAGAAAAAAACAGGUUAAGUUUUUGUGCUUUUUUUUCUUAAUAACUUACUAGUUGGCUCAGGGUUAAAUCCUCCUGCAGGUAAUUCUACAUCUGUUGCUAUAACACCUUUUCUUAUCGCUGGUCAAAUGCUGAUAUCUCUAAACCUUUGUUUUAUGACGCACCUUGCAGUCAUAAAUGCUACUGUAAUCUCCUGUGUGCGCUUAGCUCUUGCCCCUAGUGUUGAUAACUGCUAUUGACCCUCUUGGCUCUGUUUUUCCCUCCUAGGCAUCCAUUACCAGAUGAAGAUGCAUGUGUUCAACAGAAAGCAGGCCGACGAUGCUGACCCGACCUUCUACGUGAAGCUGUAUGGCGCUCACAACGACAGCCACGACCUGCAUGUGGACAUGUGAGCACUGCUGUACUACAUAGUACCCUAUACUAUACCUAACCCAGUAUAAAGAAACGAUGAAAAGACUUGAGUAGUACUAUUGCGCCAACAUUUCUACUUGUACUAGGUCUCAUGGCUGUGUGCUGAGAAAAACCUCUGUACUGAAUGGGUGACGUUAGGAUUGUGGUGCUGCUCAUUUUGAAUUUGUGGUCUUGUGGCUUUUUUUGAUCCAGCCCGAACUUCUCACUUUAAUAGCAAAUAAGUGAAGACUAUUUACUGUAUGUAGACGACCUGUGGUUGACCCUUUGUGUGUCUCUCCAGUCCUAACAAGGUGGGUCUGAACCUGACCAAUACCUUCCUGGUCUUCACCGAGGACGACAUCGGGGACCUGCUGAAGAUCCGUCUGAGCUGGGAGGGGGCGUCUGAGUCCUUCGGGUCCUUCUGGAAAAACAUUAAGAAGAACUUCUGGGACUGGAAGAGCAGCAGCACGCCCACCAACCAGGUGUUGGAGGUCCGCAGGAUCCGUGUCAAGUGUGGAGAAACUCAGAAGAAGUAAGUUGGGGUGGGAGAACAGCGGCAGCCAUUUUGUUUUUGUAAUACUAGUUAUAUUCCACUGGGUGGUUCACCAAGCGGAGUCAGCCAUCAUUGAUUUGAUAAUACGCUCAUAAACCAGGACAUUGUCAUUAUAGUCAAAUAUACCUUUAUGAACUGGGACUCGGUUGCGCUGGAAUAUUAAGUCAAGUCUCUUGGUCUUUGCCUUUUUGUGUUGUCUUACACUUCUCGUAUUGACCCGUUUUCCUUGUUUUGUGCUUGUGUAGGUUCACAUUCUGUGCCCAGGACCCCUCAGUGACUGAGCUCAUUCCAGGACAGGGGAUCACAUACGUCAAGUGUCGCGACGGCUGGGAGGUCAAACCCAGUAGGAAAAGGUACAGCCCAGCCCACUCAAAUGGUGUUGAAUUCUCCAACGGUGUCUUACAUUUUUCAUUUUUUUACAUUUUAGUCAUUUUAGCAGACGCUCUUAUCCAGAGCGACUUACAGUUAGUGAGUUUUUCAUACUGGCCCCUAGUGGGAAUCAAACCCACAACCCUGGCGUUGCAAAAACCAUGCUCUACCAACUGAGCUACAUCCCUUGCCGGCCAUUCCCUCCCCUAAACUGGACGACGCUGGGCCAAUUGUGCACCGCCCCAUGGGUCUCCCGGUCGCGGCCGGCUACGACAGAGCCUGGAUUCGAACCAGGAUCUCUAGUGGCACAGCCUAGCGCUGCGAUGCGGCGCCUUAGACCACUGCGCCACUCGGGAGUCUUAUUAGAUUUGAAUUACUUUAAACCAUUCGACAACGUCCUGAGACUGUCUGUCUGUAGAUGUAUUGUCAAUCAUGUAUAUUGACUGUUCUUCAUGCUUUGAUUGACAGAUUGCACAUAUAAGGAUUCAGCACUUCAAUGCGCUGUCACCAUGGGGACCUGAAGGUGGAAGGAAUGGCAGUAAGAACCGCCUUCUCUUCGUCUGAGCACCUGGACGGUUUACUUGUGGUCACAUGACUCUGGGCUCUGUCAAAUGGGACUGCGGGGAGGCGCUGCACGUGCUGGCAGUGGGG